AUGCCACCGUUUAUCUCUGGCUCCAGAGCCGUAUUCUCCUUGAUUUCAUGUCGAAACGCGAUCAAGAGCCGAUCGAGGAUUGGUGGUCGUGGAAGCUUUAUAUCUGAUCAAUUUCGUCGAUUUGGUUCUCUUUCCGGCGUCGUCGAGAGAGGAAGCUCUUCUCCUGGGUUAAUCUCCAAUGAUGAAGACAGAAUAAGAGUCUUGUUAGGGAGAUUGCCCUGCACUACUACUGGAAGCGUGAUUCAGAGACGGCAUUUUCUGGGUUGCGGAGAUGGAGAAGAAGGUAGUGGUGGUGACUUGUCUAAGAUCUACGAAGAGCGUCGUGUCUUGGGGUAUUCUCCGGAGCAAUUGUUUAGUGUAGUUGCAGCUGUAGACUUGUACCAUGGGUUUGUUCCUUGGUGUCAACGCUCUGAGGUUCUUAAAGAAUAUCCAGACGGGUCGUUCGAUGCGGAAUUGGAGAUUGGUUUCAAGUUUCUUGUUGAGAGUUACACUUCCCAUGUAGAAUUCGAAAGGCCGAAAUGGAUAAAGACAACAGCGAGGGACACCGGCUUAUUUGACCAUUUGAUAAACCUCUGGCAAUUUAAGCCUGGUCCCGUUCCAGGAAGCUGCGAUCUUUAUUUCCAUGUGGAUUUCAAAUUCAACUCACCUCUUUAUCGCCAGGUGGCUUCGAUGUUCUUUAAGGAGGUAGCAACAAGUCUUGUGGGGGCAUUUAGUGACCGAUGCCGAAUAGUGUAUGGUCCAGGAGUUCGAGUAGAUGAAAACGCGUAUGAGCAAAGAGCUUGA